AUGCGGCUUAGUCCCCACACUUUCAACGCUAUUCAACAAUUCCUGUGUAAUCUGUUCAUUGUCAACCUCGCAGUUGCUGACCUGGGUGUGUCCGUCGUGGUCAACCUCGCCUCCGUUGCCGGGAGCAUAACCAGCGAAGAGGGUAUCUUUAUCAAGUACGAGUGGUUAUGUGAAGUCAUCGCAGUUGUAUGCAUCGUUACGUGUUCCUGUUCGCUGUGGAGCAUAGCUGCCAUUGCCUUCAACCGUUACGUGUGGAUCUGUCACUGGCAGCGGUACAGAAAGAUCUUCAACCGCCGGACCGUCCCGAUGAUGAUUGUUGGACUGUGGAUCAUUGGGUUCCUCAUCGAUCUACCGAACAUCUUGGGCUGGGGAACACACACAUUUGACUGGAAGGUUAUGUCUUGCACCGGAGGAAUGUCCUUUGUCUACUCCUACGCCAUUUACUUCGCUAUGACGGCUUUUGCUGUUCCUCUUAUGAUCAUCACCUUCAGCUACAUAGGCAUAUUCCGCUUCGCUCGAAAAGCAACUAUCGCCCUCGAACGCGUCCGCAAUAAGGAUGGCGUCCAGAACAAGAACGGAAAAGGCAAGGGCGGACGUGCCGCCCGACCGGCUGAUCUUCGCCUAGCUCGCUCAGUACUGGCCAUCGUCAUCAUCUACCUUCUGAUGUGGUCGCCGUACUCAUUGACCGUGCUCAUUGACCACCGUGUCGUGUACGAUCGCAAACUUUAUAUUCUCUCAUACACCCUUGCCCAUACCAACAGUAGCUUCAACUGCGUCAUUUAUGGAGCGACUAACCAACAGUUUCGCCGCGGGUACAUGCAUUUCAUAAGGCUUCUUUUCUGUCGCGCUAAGAAGGUGGACCUGUUGGCUUCAGUUACCGGUACGGUUGGAACCGGAACGUUACGGAAUAACCGCGUGCAUCCCGCAGAGCAGACGUCGCCAGCGACUCAAGAAAGCGCCGUUCACUGACGUUGAGAACAAAGUUGUUAGAUGCGCCGAAAAACUUUGAUUCUGAUAUUACAGUAGCGAUGUGUCCGCCUGGUUGAUAAUGGUCAGAAUUGAGACCAACCUUGUAAAUAUGUAAGUUUUACACGAAUUUAACAAUAUGCAAAAUUAAGACGUCAUAGUGCACAAUGAUAGAUGCAAGUGAAUGAGGUCGGAGGCAGAUUAAAAGAACUACAAAUACCAAGUUUUUUAAAGUUUAAAGAAAACAAAGUAAACCUAUUUCAGUGGCUAUGAUUUUUGACUGCCUCUAAAAUUCAUCAUCUUCACAUUGAUUAAGUAAGGCAUCUGGCCAAUUGUAUGUGCUACUAAAUCUACUGUAAUAAUUGUCUUGAUUGAUUGGGCUAUUCUGCCUAUACAACAUUAUAUUGUGAAUUAUGACGCCCGGCAAAAAUUAAUCAGCAUUUUCAAUUAUCUAUCAUAUUGAAUGACUAAGAAUGCAGUAUUGAUGUGCUAUCACUAUCAGAGUACUUUGUUAAUGUGUUCCAAUGUGUCAAUAAAUAAAAAAAAUUCAUAUCCUUUAAUUUGGCCUUGCCCUUUGAUUACCAAGGUGAUAAUGUUUCAAUAUCUAAUUGCCAUCUCCUCAAUAAAGGACGUAGAAAUAUAACAAAUAGUCUUGCUAGAGGUUGAAUAUAACACAUUAUUGUCUACCAAACUGCUCUGCAUGAGUGCUAUCAGCUUUCAUGAUUUACAUUUUGUGCACACUGAAACAGCGCACUGAAAGGAAGAGAGGGGGAGAGAAAAUCAAUAAUGGUUGAUAGAAGCUGAUCUUUGGAAUGAGAUUGUAAAUCGACCCUUUCAGCUUUGCUGUUUGCUUUUCUGAUAAAUUUCUCUUAAAUGACGAUUUUCAU